UCUAACCGUCUAGCGAGUCACACAGACACAUAAUAUAGUGCGUGUUAGAUCUACCAGCAAACACACAGGGGUCUUUUUAUUUUCUCUUCUAAAAUCAAAUGCCUUGUGAUCUCAAUUGAAAUCAAAUCACAAUUCCCAGAUCUAUUAAUAAGGGUUUGAGAUUGAAAAGAUGUUGACGAAGUUUGAAACAAAGAGUAAUAGAGUGAAAGGAUUGAGUUUCCAUAGCAAGAGACCAUGGAUCUUAGCUAGUCUUCAUAGUGGAGUCAUCCAGCUAUGGGAUUACCGAAUGGGCACACUCAUUGAUCGGUUCGACGAGCACGACGGGCCGGUUCGCGGUGUGCAUUUUCAUAAAUCGCAGCCGUUGUUCGUCUCUGGAGGAGAUGAUUAUAAGAUCAAAGUAUGGAACUACAAAUUGCAUAGGUGUUUGUUUACACUUCUUGGGCAUCUUGAUUACAUCCGAACAGUUCAAUUUCAUCACGAGUCUCCCUGGAUUGUUAGUGCUAGUGAUGAUCAAACUAUAAGGAUCUGGAACUGGCAAUCUCGUACCUGUAUAUCUGUUUUGACAGGACACAAUCAUUAUGUGAUGUGUGCUUUGUUCCAUCCAAAGGAGGACCUUGUUGUGUCGGCGUCAUUAGAUCAGACUGUUAGGGUAUGGGAUAUUGGUGCACUGAGGAAGAAAUCUGUGUCUCCUGCUGAUGACAUUCUGCGAUUGAGUCAGAUGAAUACAGAUUUUUUUGGUGGUGUUGAUGCCGUUGUAAAGUAUGUCUUGGAGGGCCAUGAUCGUGGAGUCAAUUGGGCUUCAUUCCAUCCCACUCUCCCUCUUAUUGUCUCGGGUGCUGAUGAUCGCCAAGUUAAGAUCUGGCGAAUGAAUGAUUCAAAAGCUUGGGAAGUAGACACUUUGAGAGGUCACAUGAACAAUGUUUCAUCUGUUCUUUUUCAUUCAAGGCAGGACAUUAUCGUAUCAAACUCAGAAGAUAAAAGUAUACGUGUUUGGGAUGCUACAAAAAGGACAGGCCUUCAAACUUUUCGACGUGAACAUGACCGGUUCUGGAUUCUCGGGUGCCAUCCUGAGAUGAACCUUCUGGCUGCUGGCCAUGAUAGUGGCAUGAUAGUUUUCAAGUUGGAAAGGGAGCGCCCAGCUUUCUCUGUUAGCGGUGAUUCUUUAUAUUAUGUCAAAGACCGUUUUCUGCGGUUUUACGAGUACUCAACUCAGAAAGACACCCAAAUAAUACCAAUCCGCAGGCCUGGUUCUGCCAGCUUGAACCAGGGUCCUAGAACGCUUUCUUAUAGCCCCACUGAAAAUGCUAUUUUGAUAUGCUCAGAGGUAGAUGGAGGAUCUUAUGAACUCUAUAUCAUACCGAAAGAUAGCUUCACCAGAGGUGAUACAGUCCAAGAGGCAAAAAGAGGUGUUGGGGGAUCAGCAGUUUUUGUAGCCCGAAAUAGGUUUGCAGUGCUUGAGAAGAGCACCAAUCAAGUGUUAGUCAAGAACUUGAAAAAUGAAAUAGUAAAGAAGAGUGCCAUUCCAGUUGUAACUGAUGCAAUAUUUUAUGCGGGUACAGGUAACUUACUCUGCAGGUCAGAGGACAGGGUUAUUAUAUUUGACCUUCAACAACGACUGGUUCUGGGAGACCUUCAAACUUCUUUUGUAAGGUAUGUAGUGUGGUCUAAUGACAUGGAGAGCGUUGCUUUGCUCAGCAAACAUUCAAUAAUCAUUGCUGAUAAGAGACUUGUACACCGCUGCACCCUUCAUGAAACAAUCCGUGUUAAAAGUGGAUCAUGGGAUGAUAAUGGUGUAUUUAUAUACACAACCCUAACCCACAUUAAGUAUUGUUUGCCUAAUGGGGACUGUGGAAUUAUCAAAACACUUGAUGUUCCUGUAUACAUUACAAAAAUAUAUGGAAACACAAUAUUCUGCUUGGACCGAGAUGGCAAAAACCGCUCUAUAGCUAUUGAUGCAACUGAAUAUCUCUUCAAGCUGUCUUUACUGAAGAAGAGAUAUGAUCAUGUUAUGAGUAUGAUAAGAAACUCAGAGCUAUGUGGGCAGGCCAUGAUUGCAUAUCUUCAGCAAAAAGGGUUUCCGGAGGUUGCUCUCCAUUUUGUGAAAGAUGAAAGAACCCGCUUCAAUUUAGCACUUGAAAGUGGAAACAUUCAAAUUGCCGUUGCUUCUGCUAAAGAGAUUGAUGAAAAGGAUCACUGGUAUAGAUUGGGUGUUGAGGCCCUUCGUCAGGGGAAUGCAGGUAUUGUUGAGUACGCGUAUCAGAGAACUAAGAACUUUGAGAGGCUAUCAUUCCUGUAUCUGAUUACAGGAAAUUUGGACAAGUUAUCCAAAAUGAUGAAAAUUGCAGAGGUGAAAAAUGAUGUUAUGGGUCAGUUUCACAAUGCUUUGUACCUAGGAGAUGUCCGAGAGCGAAUUAAGAUUUUAGAGAAUGCGGGUCAUCUGCCACUAGCUUUUGCUACAGCUAAAGCCCAUGGGUUAAUUGAUAUUGCUGAGGAUCUUGCCACAAAACUUCAAGAUAAUGUUCCAACUUUGCCUAGUGGUAGGUCCACUUCUCUAUUAAUGCCACCGACUCCUGUCUUGUGCGGUGGAGACUGGCCCUUACUAAGGGUCAUGAAAGGGAUCUUUGAGGGUGGUCUUGAUAACGCGGGGAAAGGUGGACAGGAAGAGUACGAGGAUGCUGCAGAUGCCGAUUGGGGUGAGGAUUUGGAUAUUGUGGAUUCGGAGAACAUUCAGAAUGGUGUCAUCAACAUGGAACCGGAUGAUGAGGAAGCACAUGAAGAUAGUGAAGAGCCAGGUUGGGAUCUUGAGGAUCUUGAACUUCCCCCUGAUGUUGAAACCCCCAAAGCCUCCACUGCGAGGACAUCAGUAUUCGUGGCGCCUACACCUGGCAUGCCUGUGAGCCAAAUUUGGGUCCAAAAAUCAUCUUUAGCGGCUGAACAUGCAGCAGCAGGAAACUUUGACACCGCAAUGCGGUUGCUAAACCGACAGCUGGGAAUAAAGAAUUUCACACCCUUAAAAUCGUUAUUCAUCGACCUUCAUAUGGGGAGUCAUACUUACCUGCGUGCUUUCACAUCAGCUCCGCUAAUCGCAUUGGCUAUUGAGAGAGGCUGGAGUGAAUCAGCAAGCCCUAAUGUCCGGAGCCCACCUGCACUCGUGUUCAACUUUUCACAGUUGGAAGACAAACUCAAGGCUGGUUACAAAGCCACCACUGCUGGGAAGUUCACUGAAGCUUUAAGGCUUUUUAUGGGUAUUCUCCAUACUAUUCCACUGAUUGUAGUCGAGUCAAGGAGAGAAGUGGAUGAAGUUAAAGAAUUGGUGAUUAUUGUGAAGGAGUAUGUUUUAGGUUUACAGUUGGAACUUAAAAGGAGAGAAUUAAAAGACAACCCUGUUCGUCAACAGGAGUUGGCAGCUUACUUUACUCACUGUAACCUUCAGCUGCCUCAUCUGAGACUAGCUUUGAUGAAUGCAAUGACUGUGUGUUUCAAAGCGGGUAAUCUCAUCACAGCAUCGAGCUUUGCUAGGCGUCUGUUGGAGACCAAUCCUCCUGAAAACCAUGGUCAAAAGGCGCGGUCAGUUAUACAGGCAGCUGAGAGGAACAUGAAGGACUCCACACAGCUGAAUUAUGACUUUAGAAAUCCGUUUGUAACUUGUGGAGCGACUUAUGUUCCUAUUUACCGGGGACAGAGGGAUGUGCUUUGUCCCUACUGCACUUCGCAUUUUGUUGUUUCCCAGGAAGGGGAGCUUUGUGCAGUCUGUAACCUGUCGGUGGUUGGAUCUGAUGCAUCUGGGUUACUUUGCUCCACGGCACAGAUUAGAUGAUUUAAAGUCCUUUCUCCUGAUCCCAGCCUCAGUUCUUUCCAUUAUUUGUUUGUGCUGCUUGCUGACUGGUGUGUUCCAAUACUUCUAUCUUGCAAAUGGUGCUGUCAAUACAGCUAUACCAAAGAGGCCACCAGAGUAAUUGAUUUGGAUAUCAAGUUAGUUUCCGAAGGUUUACAAGCGAACAUGUUCUUCCCAGCGUUAUAUGAUUGAUUAGUAUUAUACAUUUAUACUAUUUUUUUGCACCUAAUAUCUACUUGCGGAUUAAUUUCCAACUUUUGUUUUUCGAUUACUAUUACGAUUUGUUGAACGCUGGGUUUUGUGGUGUCCUAUCAUCUUUAUCUGCCAAGGAGAGAUACCUAAAGGAGGCAGUUGAGCAGAAUUCACAAUAAUCCUAGGCUUUUUAUCUUUCAUAAAGUUGUAGAGGUUUAAACCUUACAUUUGCUGUGUUUAUAGGUGUAAUCAGGUACAAUUUUUAUUACAUAUGAUAUAUGAGAUGUUAUGGAUUUUGAUAAA